UGCCCGCCGGGCCGUCUGGCCCUUUCCCCGCGAAAGGCUGGCUCCUUAUCGCUCAAGUUCAAUUCCCGGGGACGCGUGCGCCUCCUCCCCCGAUCGCUUCUGCAGCCCUGGAAGCCGCUGAAGCCGGGGUCCCGGGCUGCGCGUCCCAGCGCCGGUCGCCAGUCCGGGUCGGUCGUCCGGUGCCGCGGCCCGGCGCCUUCCCUUCCUCCCUCCCUCCCUCCCUCGCUCCCUCCCGUUCUCUCUUUCCUGCUCUCCUUCCCCCUCCCUCUCUUGCCUCUUAAGUUUCCUGCACCGUGAACCCAACUGUGACGAGGCUGGGCUCCCGCGAUCCGACACCGAGAGCGACCCCAGCGCUGGGACGCCGGCUCGGCCGAGGUGGACGAGGCACCUGGAACAUCCGCGCCCGAGCAUGGAGACGGAGCUCCGGGGAGGGCACGUCCGGGGCGCUGAAGACGCCAGGCCCGAGUAGCUCCUCCAUGGAGCCUGCCCAGAGCGGUCCCUGCUUGCCAGAUUCUCCUCCAGCCCUGUGGGGCUGCUGAGAGCGCUCCCCGCUCUGUAAAGUGGAUGUCAGGUGGAUCUAUGUUUCUGAAGGAACAAAGACUCAGCGAAGGCACCGCCAAGGAAGUUUGAGACGCGGGAGGAUGCAGGCUGCGUGCUGGUACCUGCUUCUCCUCCUGCAGCCCACCGUCUACUUGGUCACAUGUGCCAAUUUAACAAAUGGUGGCAAGUCAGAGCUUCUGAAGUCAGGAAGCAGCAAAUCCACACUAAAGCAUAUAUGGACAGAAAGCAGCAAAGACUUAUCUAUCAGCCGACUCCUGUCACAGACUUUUCGUGGGAAAGAAAAUGACACAGAUUUGGACCUGCGAUAUGAUACCCCAGAACCUUAUUCGGAGCAAGACCUCUGGGACUGGCUGAGGAACUCCACAGACCUUCAAGAGCCUCGGCCCAGGGCCAAGAGGAGGCCCAUUGUUAAGACGGGCAAGUUCAAGAAAAUGUUUGGAUGGGGUGAUUUUCACUCCAACAUCAAAACAGUGAAGCUGAACCUGUUGAUAACCGGGAAAAUUGUAGAUCACGGCAAUGGGACAUUUAGUGUUUAUUUCAGGCAUAAUUCCACUGGUCAAGGGAACGUCUCGGUCAGCUUGGUGCCCCCUACAAAAAUUGUGGAAUUCGACUUGGCACAGCAAACCGUGAUAGAUGCCAAAGAUUCCAAGUCCUUUAACUGUCGCAUCGAAUACGAAAAGGUUGACAAGGCCACCAAGAACACACUCUGCAACUAUGACCCUUCAAAAACCUGCUACCAGGAGCAAACCCAAAGUCACGUGUCCUGGCUGUGCUCCAAGCCCUUUAAGGUGAUCUGCAUUUACAUUUCCUUUUAUAGUACAGAUUAUAAACUAGUACAGAAAGUGUGCCCCGACUAUAACUACCACAGUGACACACCUUACUUCCCCUCGGGAUGAGGAUGAACAGGGGUGAGACUGAAGCCUGAGGAAUUAAAGGUCAUACUACAGGGCUGUUACCUCAAAGAAGAAGGUCACAUCUGUUGCCUGGAAUGUGUCUACAUUGCCGCUCUUGUCAACCAGCUGCAAAUACGCUAGUGGAAAAAAAAAAAUCUGAUGUAACUUCUGCCCAGUCAGCUUCAUCUCUCAGUAUAGUUGUAAUUCACCACAGAUUUCAGUCACACUUGAAGACACGUCCUCACAGAUAGAGCUACACAAACAUAAACUCAUGCACAUUUCAGCUUGCAUCUGUCAUGGUUCCUGUUGAGAGGGCUUUCAUUGUUUGACUCAUAACAGUUUAGGAUAAACUGUGAUCAAACAAAAGGAUUAACUAAACAGAGAAUGUUUCUAACACUUGCUGUUACGGAAAUCUCUUUUAAAGUCCUGAGUCCAUGCUAAUCAAUAAUCCCCACUUAUGCAUUCUUACUGCUUGGAGUAGCUGUACUGGUAAAUACUACUGUAGGAGUAUAUGCUUGUUAAAAUGGAAAAAAAAAAUGUGUUUUUAGAGCUCAGUCUUCUUUAUUUUAUGAACACAGCAAAGUAUAGUAACUUUUCCCCAGCAUACGGUAGGCACAUUCAAGGUUGUACAAGAUGGCUCUUCUUCUCAGUGGAGGGAGCCUGUUCUCAGUAAAGAUGAGCAAAUAUUUGGAAUUUACAUGUGGGCAGACACCGGAAUUAUAGCUCUCGUGGCCGAUCAUUGGACAUUUGCGAAGUUGAGACCAGCUAAGGCUGCUUAAAACAAGUUCUGAUCAUUAUCUAAGAAGGGAAAUGCCUGGCAGACACCGUGUAAGUUAUAAGUGUCUGUCUUAUCUUUACUACACAUAUUGUAACAAACUCAAUAUCCUAGUCUUCAUUUGUAUGAAUGGUUUGUAUUGUACAUAGUUUAACCAAGUGUUAUUUGAGCUGCUUAUUAAUAUUAAAUUGUACUCGUCUCUCUGCUUGUUAUUGGUUAUAAAGAAAAAAAAAGGAUAUGAGGAACCCAUCUUAUCAUUGUAGCUGUGAACUCCAUUAAAAAGACAAUGUACAAAGCAUUUAUCCAGCUCAAGUAUUGUUGAAAACUAUACAUAUACAACAUUACACUGUCUGUAUUUAGAUAUUUUAUUUCUGGAGAAACAAAAUGUACAUAAAAAUAAAACACUUAAAGUUGAGUUUCAAUAUGUACUUGUGUAAGAUGGUGAUUUAAAUGGUUCUGACAAGAAAAAUGUGCGGGAACACAAGUCAUGGCUUUACACCUCAUGUCUUUAAACUUGUAAAAAAAUUAUCCAAAUUGCUAUUAGUUAAAAGUUAAG